AUGACAACAAUCGGAAAAGAUACAACUAAUCCUAAUAAUGCAGUUCCGAACGAUAUGUAUGUUAAAUUGAUCUCAUCUGAUGAACAUGAAUUUUAUGUUAAACGUGACCUUGCUCUUACUUCUCAAACAAUCAAAGCCAUGUUAAGUGGACCAGGACAAUAUGCAGAAAAUGAAACAAAUGUUAUUCAUUUUCGAAGUAUUAGUUCACAGGUUCUUGCAAGGAUCUGUUCAUAUUUUGCUUAUAAAGCUCGAUACUCAAAUUCAACAAUUGAAAUACCUGAAUUCCCAAUAGCACCUGAACAAGCACUUGAAUUACUUAUGGCAGCAAAUUUUUUAGAUUGUUAA